ACAAUUCUUGUCUGCUCUAGGUCAUGUAUUUUUUUACUAAGAGAAAUAAGCAUAUAAGUAUUAUUUAAGUUUUAAUUUCACUGGUUAGAACUGAUCUUUUGAAAUGCAAUGUUUAUUUUGGUGAAACAACUGAUGGAAAUCAAUACAUAUACAUUAUGGCCAUAUUCGUUUUUGUAUUUGAUGCAUCAUCUAGAUGUUGCGUCUGAAAAUAAUAUCUAGCUAUUGCAUCCAAAUUUUGUGAUUUUAUAGUUAAUAUUUCUAUUCAGAUGCAACAUCUAGAUGCUAAAUUGUUUGUUUUUUUUAAUUUAAAAUAGCAUUUGAAUACUACAAGUUAAAAAGACCAAUAAUACAUGAUUAUUUUGUCCUAAUUAUAAUAUUCAAAUAAAUAUAUCUAAAAUUAUUUUUUUAAUUUUGGUGGAAAAACACGAUUUUACACUUAUUGCAGGAAACUUAAUUUUGCGGUUUGGUGGAAAAACACGAUUUUUUCAUUUUGGCGGAAACAAAUUGGUGAGAAAACUUGAUUUAAUGGUUUUGGUGGAAAAAUUUUAUUUUGUGAUUUUUGAAUUUAGUAGGAAAACAUGAUUUUGCGAUUUUCGAGAAAAUCAUUUUUUAGCGGAAUACGUUUUUGAUUUGACUUUGGAGGCAAAACGUAAUUUUGCGGUUUACGCGAGAAAACGUUUUUUUUGUUUUGCAAAAUGAUUUUUUGGUUUUGAGAGAAAUAUUAUUUUAUUAUUUCAAAAAUUAUAUCUAAUAAUAAUUACGAAAAUUAUAUCUAAUAAUAAUCUUUAUGAAAUAGAUUAAAGUCUUUUGGAUUUUGAUAUGCAAAUGCUGCAUCCAAAUUUUAACAUUUUUGGCAUCUGAAAUACCUCCAUUUAGUAUAAUUACUCAACUGUAACAAUCUCAGUUUCGGGUAAUAAUAGAAAGUACAUCAUUUUGUAGACUGAAAUUUAUAUAAUUGUUUUAAUGAUUGACUAUAUCAUAUAAUGAAUUAUGAAUAGAUUUUUGAUGUUGUAAGCCAAAAACUAUAAUUUCAAAUUCUAGUUUUAUAAAUCUUAUGAAUAAAUUUACAGAUAAAAAAUACAAAACUAUAUUUUAGACAUAUUAUAAACAUUAAAAAAUUGUUUACUAUUAUUUUACACAAAUUGAAGAUUUUUAAGAAACAAUUAAGGACCAAAAUCAUUUUUUUUUAUUCUUGUUUGAGAAAUCUCAGUACCGGCCUUGGUCGCAAUCACAUUAUUCUGAAACUAGUUCAGUUAAAUAUAUUCUCAUCAUCUAUAAAUUACACUUAAAUAUUCUCGUAUGCUCGAAAUUAUUUUGUUGUAUUUUUUUGUUCGAGAAAAACAUAUGCAUUAUUACUACAUACUGUAUAAGUGAUGUUUGUGUUUUUGACAUAUUCUAACAUAGUUCUUUUAAAAUUAAUAAAUCUUUUUAGGUUAACAAUAAAGAAUAAAAAAAUUAAAUAAUCUUUCAAUUCAUAAAUAAUUUCAUUCCAUGAAACCUUUCCAUGUAUAAUUCCUAUUUGAUGACAAAUUUUGAAAUUGUAUAUGUAUUUUCGUUAAACCGAGUGAUGAAACAUAAUGCAAUUCCCUUAUAUAUGUAAUUUGAAUUAACCCCAAAAUAUCUUUGUGUGAAGAAAGUCAAUGAUUUACUCUAGUCAAUUUUUAAAAAGUACGAUUAAUUUAUGGCAAUUUAGUGAUUAAAAACUUACCCUAAAUUUAAAGGUAAGAAUUCGAGUCCACACACUAUUAUAUUGCAAUAAAGUGAUUAGAAACAAAAUGUAUUGUUUUAUUUUUGUUAUUCUACGAAUCCAUGUAAUAGGAAACAACAUAAAUGGGGGAGGGGAUAAAAAGAAUAAAAUGACACAAUAAAUCAUUUAGAGAAAAUUUUACUUUCGUCAUUGUCUUGAUCCGGAACUUUGCUCUUGAAGGCGAUUCGACGAUCUUUACUAUUAUUGUAAGUUUGUUGCUUGUUAUGAAAACAUCUUAUACAAGCUCUUUUCACAAAUCAUCGUAAUUUCGUUUUAUAUCCUAUGCCAUUUUCUGUAUGAAAGUGAAAGCAGAAAAGUAAUUAAAUAUGCAUAUGUAUAAUAUCAUCUAAGUAAUUACCAAAUCUGUUAUUUUCAAAUAUGAAAUGUUUGUUUUGGACUAAUAGAUCUUGUAACGUCAAAUUUAGAGCAUGAAAUCCCCUCACUGUGAUUUCUUGAUAGAUAUUUCAGAUUACAACUUUUAUAGCAUUUUAAACCUUAAAUCAUUUUAUUUUUGUGUUGAUUAUGGAAUUACGAGUGGUUUCACUGUGUCUAUAUUAUAUUUCUGUUUUGGAUUUAUAAAAAUAUAUUUUCUGAAACCUAGAAUUAUUUAGAUCAUUAAUCCAAAUCAAUUAUUUAAUUCAAAUACGAAUUAAAAAAACAUCAUAGAGCUUUCAAUGAUUGUAGUUAAUAUACUCAUCUAAACUAUAUUAUUAUAUUUUAGCUAUAUUCGUACGAAAAGCUAAAAUGUUAUAAAAGGCUAGAUAAGGAAAUAAAGUAUAAAACAAUUAUGUGGAAAUUUAUAUAACUAUUUUAAUUAUAAUAAAUUUCCGAUUAAUAUUUGUGAUUAUAGAAAAUAAGCAGUUUAAGAGAAUGUCUUCAUGUCUUGUGUCCUCCACGGCAUAAUUUUGUUCAUCAAUUUUAAACCUAACUAUAUAUUUACUUAUUCCCAUGCAAUUAAACCGUUCUUUAAUUUGAUUUUUUGAGAGGGAAGAGUGGGUAAGGUUAACAGAAAAUAAAAGCGGAAACAGAGUUCGCAUUCAAGAAAAUGGCAGAUGCUCUAGACAAUCAGCAAGAAGAUCAGAGAUCAGGAAGCAAUGAAACAGAGUCGAGAUCCAAUGAAGAAACGAAGGGACAAACUCUGGAUAUGAGGCCGAGUGGAUCAGGGACGAGGUCUGUUGAGAAAGCCGUUGUUAGAUACGAUAGAGAUACAAGAUUCCGUGACGCGAACAGGGAAGCAACUCCGGAUAGAGAUCCAAUUGCACAUGCAAUAUACUGGGAAAAGAAAGUGCAAGAACUGAGAGUGAGAAAUGCUGAGAUGAAACAGAGGAGAGCCAAUGAAACAAUACAAAAACAGAGACUGAGAAAUGCUGAGAUGCAACAGAGGAGAGCCAAUAAAACAGAGUCGAUAUCUAUUGAAGAAACAAAGGGAGAAACUGUGGAUAUGAAGCCGAGUGGACCAUGGGAGAAAGCGGUUGUUAGAUACGAUAGAGAUACAAGAUUCUGGGAAGAUAAAAUGCAACAACAGAGACAGAGAGAUGUUGAGAUGCAACAAAGGAGAGCCAAUGAAACAGAGUCGAGAUCCAUUGAAGAACCAGAGGGAGAAACUGUGGAUACGAGGCCGAGUGGAUCAGGGGAGAAAGUGGGACAAACUCGGCCUAGUGGAUCAAGGAGGUGGUCACCAGUUGUUAGAUACAAUAGAGAUACAAGAUCCUGGGAAGAGAACAGGGAAUACUUAGAAUCAAGUGGAAGAGAGAACGAAGCGGUUCAGAUUCGUGAUCAAAACGAGACAUACAUACAACAGAGACAGAGAGAUGAUGAGAUGAAACAGAGGAGAAGCCGUGAAACAGAGUCGAUAUUCUUUCAACAGCAGAAGAACAGGGAAUACGAAUGCUCUGGUUCAAGAAUGAACGAAGCGGGUCCGAUUCGUGACCCACGCAUACUUGAGAAUCUGAGAGAUUUUGGGAUGCAACAGAGGAGACGCCAUGAAACAGAGUGGAGAUUCCAGAAACAACAGAAUAGGGCUGAAGCUCCUGAUUUGGGAUACAAAAGAAGAAGAUUCGAACAGGAGCAGUAUCCAACUCGUCCCCGUAUUAAAAAAGGAGUUUGUCACUUUUAUCUAAAAAAAGGUUGGUGUGGCUUUGGAAGUGAUUGCGUUUUCAAACAUCCUACUCCGAGUUGGAGAUUUGACGAGAGGAGAUACGAAACAGAGGUUCCAGAGAAUAUGGCUAGAACAGUGUACGGGAGGGAGAGUGGGUCCACAUGGAGAUUCGACGAGGAAAGAAAGUCAGGAUAUGGAGAGGCUCAAGAGAAUAACAUUUGGUGGCAGAGGAGAGAAGCUCCAGAGAAUGUGCGGGAACAGAGAGACAGCACUGCUGGGUGGCUGAGUUAUGAUGAGAGACGGAUAAACCCUGCAACUAGGGAGAUUCUUAUGCGUCCUGCAAGGAGAAUGGAACAGAGAGAUAGGGAGAGGGAGGUGAGAAAUGAAGGGGCACAUAACAGUGAGUCAUCACCACAACUUGGGACUGAAAGAGAAGAGAGUGAUGGAAUUUAAAGAGGAAACAGAGUUAAUAAACAUAUCAAAGAUGAUUCCUUUUGGCGCAAGAAAUUAUGUGUCUUGUGAAUUUUUAUUUGCUUAUGAUCUAUCUUUACUGUAUUAAAAGAUGCACAUGUUAGAUUUUUUUUUUU